AUGCUGGAACAGUGUUCAACAUUUAUCAGUUUGAAAGAAUCACCUUUUCAUACAAAAAUAAGCCGAUAUCUAUUCUACUUUAUUUGGAUGUUAGUCGAUACAUUGUGUUUUGUUUUGGGGACUGUAUGCAUGGUUUUAAUGGUGAGAAAUUCAGAAAUAAUCACUGGUUGGUUUGUUGAGCAUAAUAAAGCACCUGGUUUGUUCGUAUUAUUCGGAAUACUGACAAAUUUACUUCUCAUAUUAGUCAGGAAAUUUAAAUACGAAAAUGUGGUUGAUCAUCUUCUGAUCGUAAUCAGUUAUCUACUGAUCUCUUUUGGCUUCGCGGAGGGGUCAUCAUCCUAUUCCUCAUAUUAUUCUUCAUAUUCAGGGAUAAAUUCUCAGUGGCAUUAUUCUUUAUGGCACUCAUUAUUUUGUUGUGCACCACGAAUAUCUGUUAUGCAUCGCUGGAAAAUAAGUGAAUAUUUCCAAAGGCUCACAUUCGAAGACAGAAGGAAUAAAAUCAUGUCAAUUUCUGAAGAAUAUUUAACGCUGUUCGAAGCGUCUAAGAAUAAGCUACUACGACGAGAUAUCCCUUUCAGAUAUUAUAUCUGGAUUUUGAUAGAUGCCGUGUUUAUGAUACUGACGACUACAGCUGUACUCGUCUUGUUUACCAAAUUGCAAAUAAUUUCUAGUUUCUUUAGGCAUCAUUUCUAUUUGACGUUUGUUAUUGGAUUUGUCGGUGUCAUUCUACCACUUCCAAUAAUAACUAUGACAAACUUCUUGUCAAACGUCUUCUGUGUUCAUUUGCUGCUUGGAAGUACAGUUUUGCUGUGGUCUGUGAGCUUGGCUGCUGGCUUUGGAUCUGUUGACAUGUUCCAUGGAUUGAUAUCACUGAUUUUGACAAUUGUGAUUACAAUCACGACUGUGGGGUUGGCAUUGAAAUUACCAUCAAUGGAUGAUAAUCAGUUGGUUGUCUUUACUACAAUAUCAUAUACCAUUUUGAUUUUAUCAACUAUCUUGAUAAUAUUUAAUGUCAUCAAGCAACCAAAUACACCAAUCUUCAGCAUUGUGUCGGCAAUCAUCUUUGGAUUAUUCAUAAUCUGUCUAAUAUUUGGCUUUAUGAACAACUUGGAUCUGGUAGUAUGGUGGUUUUCACCGUAUCCAUCGCAAUUUGUUGAGGCUUUUAUCCUCUGGUUACUAGUGUGCUGCCUUUUCGUCAUUGUUUAUACUACUUUAAUGUUGCCUAAAAUAUGGAACAAAUAACAGUAAUUAUUUGUUUGUUUUAUAUGCCAGAGAGUGGUGUUGAACCUGGUGUUUCUUAUUCAUGAUUUGAUAUUUAUCAUUUUAACGGUGAAAUAAUGUUAAUCAUGUUCCCUUUCUGUGAAG